GCUUGCUAAUUUUUAACGUCAAAGAAUUUUAAUAUCUGUGAAAAUGUGAAAUAGUUUGUUGUUUGCAAAUUGCACAAAUGGAAAUAAAAUUAAUAUUACAUUUUAUUUUGCUAUCGCUGAACAAAAAUUGUUUACAAUUUUUACGCUGAAUGAAAAUAGCAAUAUAUCGUUUCAGUUAUAUAAACGAAAUGCUACUGUUUUUACGUUAGUGGUGUUUCUCAAGUUUUGCCGAAAAUAUAAUUGAAUUUAAUCGGAACUAUGGGUUCUUACAGUAAAAAGUCUUCAGCGGAGUGGAUAAUAGAUCAGUUAAAUGUGGAAAAUGCUAAAUUAUUAGCGUUUGUGUUGGUCAUAGGGUUUAUUGGAUACCAUGGAGUUUUGCAUCUCAGAUAUGGGUCUGACUCUUGCACAUGGCUUCUGACAUCGGGCCGAUACAAGGGCGACCACGAAUGGCAGCCUUAUGGAUGUAUGCUGCACAGAUACUCCAAAACAGACGCGAGGCGAUGUCUCCGCUACCUCGCGUUUUGGGGCAAAUACAACAGUUUCGCUUUUAUUGGCGACUCCAGACUGGAACAGCUAUAUGAAUACUUUAUAGGCGUUGUCCGAACCCGCCUCGACAUGGACACAUCAUACUCCACAGUGGACCAUCGCAUGCCCAACUAUACGUAUGUGGACAACAAGCUGCGGCUGUCCGUCACGUUUAUAUACAGUGAUGAUGUCUCCAAGACUAUGGUGGACCAGUUCAGGACGUGGCAGCGAUCGGACCAGCCUCCUUCAGUGAUCGUAGCGUCGACCGGCCUCCAGCUUCUCAAAACCCGCAACACUACGGACCUACUUUUAGAAGAAUACAAAAGGAACCUUACGCACUUAGUACAAGCCAUAGAUUCCCUCGCAGCGAGAAACACGCAAGUGCUGUGGAAACCUAUAGAGUCGGUUGAUCCUAGUAAACUGAAGAAUGAUAAUAAGAGAAUCAAUAAUAAUGAUAUUGAUGCUUAUAAUAGAGCUGCUAUUGAGAUCUUAACCCACAGCGAGGCCAAAAUCUGGAACUCAGCCCGUCUCGUCGCAGAGGACGGCGGUGACGUAGUACUGAGCGGCACGGCGCUGCGGCACGCGGCACAGCUGCUGCUGAACAUGUUCUGCAAUGAUCACAUGAACUUCAACGACGGCUCGUGUUGUGCUCAACCGGAGCCCUAUACUCAGCUGCAGAUAUUGACGUUCGCGCUGUUUUUGUUGUGCGCAGUGGUGUGGGUGGCGCACGGCACGUACUCGUGGUACUCCAGCAGCCGCGCGCGCCUGCACGGGUACUCCGCCCUGCCGCGGCCCGCAGCCCCCGCGCCGCAGUCCCCGGCCUCCGCCCUCGCGGCGCUCGCCCGCCUCGGCCUCAUCAUGGCGUACUUCUACCUCUGCGACAGAACCAACUUCUUCAUGAAAGAGAAUAAGUAUUAUUCCGAGUGGAGUUUCUGGUUGCCUGUCGGGUAUGUGUUCGCGCUUGGAUUGUUCUUUACCGACGAGUCCAGAUCUAAUACAGUCCUCCACCGUGAACAAACAGACGAAUGGAAAGGUUGGAUGCAGCUGGUUAUCCUAGUAUACCAAGUGACUGGAGCCAGCAAAAUCUUACCCAUCUACAUGCUAGUUCGAGCACUCGUCUCCGCCUACCUGUUCCUCACGGGCUACGGUCAUUUUUACUACACUUGGAAAACCGGGGACACAGGCCUAGUCAGAUAUUUUAGAGUGAUUUUCAGACUGAACUUUCUGACGGUUGUACUGUGUCUGACAAUGAAUAGGCCGUAUCAGUUCUAUAGUUUUAUACCGCUGGUCUCGUUUUGGUAUACUUUGAUGUUCGCAAUCUUCGCUCUCCCGCCUCACAUCACGCCGUCAUCCACGCACACCAUAGAGUCCAAGCCCUACCAGUACCUGUACAUCGCCGUCAAGAUCAUCGGCCUGCUGGUCAUCGUGACCAUCCUCUACAUGAGCGAGGUGUUCUUCCAGAAGAUAUUCGUCACCAGGCCCUGGAAGGCACUGUUUGUGAACUCCGAUGAUGAUAUACAUCAGUGGUGGUUGCAGUGGAAGCAGGAUCGCUACUCAAUGGCGUACGGCAUGAUGUUCGCUCUCGCCUACCUCCUCUCUCGUCGCUACAAGCUGCUGGACGACAACAACCACAGCAACCUGUUUCCCCCCGGCGGCUCCCUCUCCGCAACCCUCCUCGCUUUCAUAGGCAUCGGCUCCUACGUCACAUUUACCUUCCUCUGCACGAACACCUUCGAUUGCAACGAAAUACAUUCCUACGUUGCCUUUCUACCCAUAGUCAGCUAUAUAAUCCUCAGAAACGUCUCCGGAGCCUUAAGAAUGAGACAUUCGAGCAUGUUUGCAUGGUUCGGGACCAUAACCCUUGAGUUAUUCGCCAGCCAGUCCCAUAUAUGGCUCGCAGCUGAUACACAUGGGGUGCUAGUACUCAUACCAAGUGCCCCCAUACUUAAUCUUAUACUUACCUCGUAUAUCUUCGUAUGUACGACCCAUGAGAUUCACAAGCUUACUGGUGUGAUACUGCCGUAUGCAGUUCCAGAUGAUUGGAAGUUAGUUUUAAGGAAUUUCGGGAUAUUUCUAGCGAUUUUGGUCCCCAUUGGCAUACAUGAUGGUAUGUUUUAGUUUGUAGCUGUGUUUAACACGAGUGAGAAUUUUGUAUUAAGGCUUUUAAAGUGAGCUGACCAAUGAAUGUUAUAUUCAUGAAUGAUGGCAUUAAAUGGUGGAUUGGAAAACACCUCAAUUUCAAGCCACAGAAACUUUUUUCUUGUAAAAUAAAUGCACGAAUUGCAUUUAUUUUUUGUUAAAUAAGCAUUUGCACGUUAAAAGUAAUAUUGUGAGAAAACACCAAGUGAUUAAUGUAUGUGUCAUACGAAUAGUAAUGAAAAUUACACAAUUGAUUUUCCAUUGGAAAAUAGACUCUAAAGUUAUUGAAAUAAAGGCGUUUAAUGUGGUUUGCUUUUAAAAAUGAACUGCGUAAUGAGAUUACUUCCAAUAAGAAGAUCAAUUAUGUAAUCAUUACCUGAAACGUUUUGUACAAUUAAAGUGUAAGUUAUAGAUAAUAUUUUGUAUAUAAUAGCUUUUAUAUAAUGUAUUAAACUCUAGUCUGUAAACAUAAUAAGAAAUAUAGA